AUUAACAGCCGUCAGAAAGACGAGAAGAAAAGACCUUUCUUUUCAGUUUCCUCUAAAGCUAAUACCGAUUGUGAGUUUGUUUUGUUUUGUUUGUGUAACGAGAAAAGCGAGUGAUAGCAAAGGGUGGUUAUAAUGGCGGAUGGUUGUGCACUUGACACCGAGAAGUACUCUCUCUUAGAGGAUUUCAAUGUCGAUGUCGAAGUGGAGAAGCAAGAGUUCGAGACGUUCUCUCUCUGCUUCUGGGUUUAUCUCUUGGAUUCCACCACGUACCCUUCUACAAUCAUCAGACAGGUUCAUUCCGACAUGAGUUUUAGUGCGCCUUUCCUGGUGCUAGAUGAAAACAAGAAGAUGAUCCUUUUGCCAUUGACACUGCUUCACAAGGAAGCUCCUGACCCUGUAAACACUGCUUCUUGGACCGAGGUUCCUAACGUUUCUACAACUGCUGAGUUUCCUCUUCAAAGAUGGGUUCAUGUUGGUUGUGAGGUUUCUAGAAACUACAUGCGCCUUUAUAUAUGUGGAAAGAAGGUAGGAGAGAAAGUCUUGACUUCUGUAAUGACCAAUGGCACAAACUCAGAUAAUGUGCGAAGGGUUUCGCUGUUCAGUGUUGGUGGAGAUGGUUAUAGCGUUCAAGGUUUCAUCCACUGUGCACAAGUUUUACCCUCUACUGUCCAUGUAAACAAUCAUUACACAAAGGACCCACCUCUAUGGUUAUCUGUUGAGAAGCCAUCUACCUGUGAAGUAGAUGAAGAUGGUGUUUGGAGUAUCGUUGGCGAAAAGGCAUCUUGCGGGAUGAUUUUUUCCUUGGAUGUUGUUUUAUCAAAUGCUAUUGGACAACCUGUGCGCAAGGAUGUGCAGGUUGUGGCUUCUCUACUGUAUGCUAAUAGCGGGACGCCUGUAGAGAAGACUAGUGACUUGGAGGCUCCCCUUCUUGUAAGCUAUGAUGGCGUUGAGUUCUCAGCGGAAGAUAAACCGUGCACCUUAUUGAACGGAUGUGCUUCCUUGAAGCUCAAAAUAUCUCAGCAUUAUUCCAAGUGUGACAAGAGACUGUUCUGCAUCAAAUUCGAAAUACCGAACAAUGGUUCUUACCCGUUCCUAGAAGCUUUUACCAACCAAAUGCGUUGCAUCUCAAGGACCGGUGGUGAUUCUGUUACCCCUAAAAGGUUGAGUCCUUUAGUUGAAGGAGUGCCAUCGAGGAAUGGAGCUUCAGAUAGCUCCUUGUCUAUGAAACGAAUCAAAUUGGGAGAAGAAAAGAUUCCUGAGAGCGAGUUUGAGGGUGGAAAUGGUACUAGUAUGGAAUGGGGACCUCAGAACCAGGACGAAGAAGAAGAAGAAGAAGAAGAAGAAGAAGAAGAUCAAUCUUCAACUGACUCAGACAACACUGAAGUUAGAGGCUCGAUGGGUUCUAGAAGAUAUACAAUCUCAGACUCGACGAUUUUCAAAUACUGCCUUGGAAACUUGACAGAGAGAUCUCUUAUUAUGAAGGAAAUCACAAACAACGCAGGGGAUGAGGAAGUUUCUGAGUUUGCAGAUCAAGUUUCUCUCUACUCCGGCUGCUCCCAUCACGGUUAUCAAAUCAAAAUGGCGAGAAAGCUGAUAGCAGAAGGAACAAAUGCGUGGAUUCUGAUCUCUCGGAACUAUCAAAAUGUUCAUUGGGACAAUGUGGUGAUUGAGAUUGAAGAACAUUUCAUGAGAAUAGCUAACUGCAGCAGUAGAUCUCUCACUCACCAGGAUUUUGAGCUACUAAGGAGGAUAUGUGGAUGCUAUGAUUACAUAACUCAAGAGAAUUUUGAGAAAAUGUGGUGUUGGUUGUUCCCUGUUGCUACUUCUAUAUCGAGGGGAUUGAUUAACGGGAUGUGGCGCUCUUGUUCGCCUAAAUGGAUAGAAGGGUUUGUUACUAAAGAAGAGGCGGAACAUUCACUUCAAAGUCAAGAACCGGGCACUUUCAUCCUCAGGUUCCCUACUUCAAGAAGCUGGCCACAUCCUGAUGCUGGCUCCUUGGUUGUGACUUACGUUGGUCGUGAUUUCGUUAUUCGUCAUCGAUUGCUUGCUGUCGAUCACAUCUGCGAUUCUAGCGAAAGGUAUACAGAUGCGAAACCGUUGCAAGAUAUGCUAUUGGCGGAACCUGAGCUAUCUCGGCUUGGAAGGAUCGUAAGGAGCAUUUGAAUGUCAAACACACUCUUACAAUCAACUGUCUGUUAUUAUUGAGGUUUCCUUAAUACUUUUUGCUAAGUCUCUUGUUGAUACUAACUUCUGUAAAGCUCAGUGAUUUUAAAAUCAAUUAGUGGAAAGCAAAGUUGUGUUUUCUUAAAAGAAAUGUGGUGUUGGUUGUUCCGAGUUCCGACAUUACGAGGUUUCUUUAAAACUUUUUGCCAAGU